AACAUACGACACCUGUGAAGUACAUCCAGGACCCAAUCUGAACUUGAUUGUAGGUGCUAAUGGAACAGGAAAGUCAAGCAUUGUUUGUGCCAUCUGUCUGGGACUGGCUGGAAAGCCUUCUUUCAUAGGUCGAGCUGAUAAGGUUGGUCUCUUUGUAAAGCAGGGAUGCUUGAAAGGUGUAGUAGAAAUUGAACUGUCUAAGUCACCUGAAAAUAUCAUCAUCACACGAGAGAUUCAAGUGGUGAACAAUGCAUCAGCAUGGUUUAUCAACAAAAAGCCAACAACCUUGAAAACGGUAGAAGAGCAGAUUGCAGCCUUAAACAUCCAGGUGGACAAUUUGUGCCAGUUUCUUCCCCAGGACAGAGUUGGAGAAUUUGCAAAACUGAGUAAGGUCGAGUUGCUUGAAGCCACUGAAAAAUCCAUCGGCCCUCCAGAAAUGUACCAAUUUCACUGUGAACUGAAAAACUUCAGAGAAAAGGAAAGAGAACUAGAGAACUUGUGCAGAGACAAAACUAACUCUUUGGAGAAGAUGAAACAGAGGGUUGAACGAUACAAACAGGAUGUUGAGAGAUACCAUGAGCGCAAGCGCCAUCUAGACUUAAUUGAGAUGCUUGAGAGGAAAAGACCUUGGGUGGAAUAUGAAAAUGUUCGUCAACAGCAUGAGGAACUGAAACAAAUCCGAGAACAAGCCAAGGAAGAACUGAAGAAUCUAAAAGAACUGCAGUCCCCAGUGACAAAAAAAAUCCAAGAAAAUGAAGACUCUUUUAAGAGUCUGGAUAUGAAAAUAAAAGAUAAGGCUGCUGAAAUCAAAGAUAUUUCUCAAAAAUGUAAACAGAAGCAAGAUGCUUUGGACAUGAAAGAUAAACAAAUUGAAGAAAUUCAUCAAUGUUUGAGGAUGAAAAAAGAUGAAGAAAUGGACAGACAGAAGAAAAUACAGAACACUCACAAGAUGAUAGAGGACUGGAAGAAUGAGCUCAAUACAAUGGCAGGCUGUGAGAAUCUUCAGCCACAAAUUGAUGCAAUUAAUAAUGACCUGAAAAAAUUACAAGAAGAAAGAGCAAUUGUUGAUAGUGAUAUCAGUGACCUAACAGCAGAUAAAAUGAACCAGGAGAGGGAAAAGAAAAGAAUAAUUGAUCGCCUUGGACAACUUAAUAAUGUAAUGAAUAUGAAGGAAGAGAAUCUUAAAGGGAAAUUCAGAGACACACACUCUGCUCUUGUGUGGUUAAGAGAGAACAAAGACAAGUUUCAAAGAAGAGUUUGUGAACCCAUGAUGCUUGAAAUCAAUAUGAAAGACAACAGACAUGCUAAAUAUGUUGAAAAUCAUAUUUCGGCCAAUGACAUGAGGGCUUUUGUUUUUGAGAGUCAAGAAGAUAUGGAAAUGUUUCUUGUGGAGAUGCGUGAUCAUCAGAAACUAAGAGUGAAUGCUGUAUGUGCACCUGCUGAAUCAUGUGCUGAAAAGUUACCUUCGAGACCUAUUGAAGAGUUACACCGAUACGGAUUUUUCUCAUAUUUACGAGAGUUAUUUGAUGCUCCUCAUCCUGUGAUGAGUUAUCUUUGCUCCCAGUACCAUGUUCAUGAUGUCCCUGUGGGAACAGAGAAGACCAGAAGCAUGAUUGACAGGGUCAUACAAGAAACCAAACUUAGGCAGAUAUACACAGCAGAAGAAAAGUAUGUUGUUAAAGUAUCUGCUUAUACAAACCUACCCGUCUCUACCAAUACAUUCGUGAGGGCGGCACAGUUUCUCACUAGUUCAGUGGAUACAGAUGAAAGAAGACAGUUGGAAAAGCAGCUACAGGAUAUCAAUAAUGCAUUAAAGUCACUGGAUAUGCGUUUGACUACAUCAUUGGGGAGACAGAAGCAUCUGGAACGCAAAGACAAUGAGCUCAGGCAGCAGAAGAAGGAAGUCCUAGAGAAAGGAAACAGGAGGAGACAGCUGGAAUCAAAAAUUAGUGUGAAGUAUGAUAGUUUAAGACAGCUGGAACAAGAUGCUAUUGACUUAGAGGAGCAGUCUCAACAGGCAGAUGUAAAGGUCAAGGAAAUAAAUAACCAAAAAGCAGGACUUGUUACUGAAUUAAUGCAGCUCAUAAAGAGCUGCGUAUCACUGAACAUCCUCAAGGCGGAUUUGAUUCUUCAGAGCACUGCAGUGGCUGCUGAGAAGAUCAGACUAGAAUCAGAGUAUAAAGCUGCAAGUGGACAGCUAAAAGCCGCAGAGCAACGAUUUCGUGAACUGGAUGACAGGAAGCGAGUUCUUAUAGAGAACUGCAAGGAAUUGCUGAAAAAAGCUCAACAGGUCUGCAAACUGGGUCCGGAUGAACAUCUUCCAAAAGAAUUUCAAACUGCUUUUCAGGCUCUUCCGGCCACAUUGGAGGAAAUUGAUGCUUUCCUGAAUGAAGAGAAAACUAGGGCCUCCUGUUUCACAGGCCUGAAUGCUUCGGUUGUUGAAGAAUAUGUUAAGCAGACACAAGAAAUAGAGCAGCUGACAGUAUAUCUAGAGGAAAAGAAGAAAGAAUUGGACAACUAUAGGCAAAACAUUUCACAGGUCAAAGAAAGGUGGCUAAAUCCUUUGAAAAAGCUGAUUGAGCAGAUUAAUGAGAAGUUCAGUAACUUCUUCAGUGAUAUGCAAUGUGUUGGUGAAGUUGAUCUUCAUGUGGAAAAUGAGGAGGAGUACGACAAGUAUGGAAUUCGCAUUAGAGUCAAAUUCCACAGUAGCACUGAACUUCAUGAAUUGACUCCAUAUCAUCAGAGUGGAGGUGAGAAAAGUGUUUCCACUAUGUUGUACCUGAUGGCUCUACAGGAACUCAACAGAUGUCCUUUCAGGGUUGUAGAUGAAAUUAAUCAGGGUAUGGAUCCAAUAAAUGAGAGAAGAGUUUUUGAAAUGGUUGUGAAAACUGCUUGUAAAGAGAGCACGUCUCAGUACUUCUUUAUUACACCAAAGCUCCUGCAGAAUCUCACUUACAAUGACAAGAUGACGGUGUUGUUUGUCUACAAUGGACCUUUUAUGCUGGAGUCAGUCAAAUGGAACUUAAAGGCUUUCUGUAGGCGGCGGCGGCGACUUGGAAGGGUAGAUAAACAGUGAUACAGAUAUACAUAUGAAUACAUAGUGAGAUAUAUAUAAAUGUAUUCUGCUUCUGUAGAACUUUUUGAAACAUCUGGCUUUCAAGACUUCAGAUAUUGUAAAAGAUGAGAA